AUGGAUCAGGGCCAUUCAACUGCCCUGCAGCCAGAUGGGCUGAGGGAGAGAAAUGUGUCGCACCUUGAUUCAACUGGAGGUCGCGAUGCUUUAGCUUCUCAUGCUGAACUGGAAAAUAAGGAUGCGGACGGAAAGGACAAGAAGACCUUUGGUCGCACCCCGGAUGGAACUGUGUUCACCGUGCCUCAAACCCAUGACAUGGUCUCACAGCUUCUAUCCCCAUCCGAGCCUAAGAAUUUGUCUGAUGCGGUGGUUAUCGUCCUCCUGGUCGCUCAUAUUUGGUUACUCUGGAUUCUUCCUGCAAGUGCCAAAAUUCCGGUCUUUGCGAUUGUAUACCUGUUUUGGCGAGCGGGUUACAAUGUGGGGAUUGGAUGGCUUCUGCAUAACCAGUCGCACAACAGAACUAUGAUUCGAUGGGCAGAGAAGACAAAGAUUUUUGUCAAUCCCGCUACUGGAGACAACCCGCACCCUAUUCUAUACAAUUGGAUCAAGCGGGAGAUGGAGACCAAAAUCCCUCACGACUACUCUUUCGAAACUGCACCUAUUGAAUACAACACCUGGCUCGUCUUCCGCCGUCUAGUCGAUGUGAUUCUCAUGUGUGAUUUCACCUCAUACUGUCUCUUUGCGAUCGCCUGCGGUCACCGUCCCAUCGAUGAGAGUUUGGUCAUGACUGUCCUUCGGUGGGUGGCCGGCAUCGUGCUGGUGCUUUUCAACCUUUGGGUCAAACUAGACGCCCAUCGAGUAGUCAAGGAUUAUGCCUGGUACUGGGGGGAUUUCUUCUACCUCAUCGACCAAGAGCUAACCUUUGAUGGUGUAUUCGAGAUGGCUCCCCACCCCAUGUACUCGGUCGGCUACGCAGGCUACUACGGUAUCUCCCUGAUGGCCGCGAGCUACAAAGUCCUGUUCAUCUCCAUUAUUGCCCAUGCAGCUCAAUUCGCCUUCCUUGUCUUUGUCGAAAACCCACACAUCGACAAGACUUACAAUCCGCCCCGGCCUCGCAAGCGCUCGGUCGUAGCGGAUUCGACAAGCAGCCUGCCUACAUUCCCAGACUCCCCAUCAGCGACAAAUCCGACUGCGACAACCCCAAAUGCACCAACUUCGUCUGAGGAAAUUCUCCCCAAUGCGUCUUCAUCGUACUCGGCCAAACCACCACCCUCGGUCCACAACCUGCUGGGCUUGAGCAACUUGGACCUUUUUAGAACCACCGAUUCUUCGAUAAUUCUCGUGCAGCUACUUGUAUUCGCAGUGACUGCUUUGAGUCCCUCGACGCCAUUGUAUCAAUUCUUCUUCGUGGUUAACGCUCUUGUGUGGCGCGUAUGGUAUUCUAUAGGCAUUGGACUUCUUCUCAACAACCAAUCUAGGGACAAGGCGUGGACGAGACACUUUCUCAAGUUCGGUGAGACUCCCCAGGAGGCAUGGAACCAAUGGAAGGGCACAUAUCACCUGAGCAUGAUCAUGUGCUAUGCCAGCUUUAUCGCCGCGGUGUGGAAGAUGUACACCUUCCCAAGCGACUGGAACUACGGUCUGGUACUCUUCCGUCAUAUCCUCGGAGUCGGCUUGAUUAGUCUUCAACUCUGGACCUCGAUCAGUAUUUAUGACUCUCUCGGUGAAUUCGGCUGGUUCUUUGGUGACUUCUUCUUCGACGAGUCCCCCAAAUUGACUUACAACGGAAUAUAUCGCUUCCUGAACAACCCCGAGCGUGUACUGGGUCUAGCUGGCGUCUGGGGAGCGGUUCUCAUCACAAGCAGUGCCGGAAUCACCUUCUUGGCCCUGGUGAGCCAUAUCCUGAGUCUGGCAUUCAUUCAAUUCGUCGAGCGGCCUCAUAUGCAGAAGCUUUACGGCCAAAGCUUGCGUCAAGAUGGUGGUGUCGUCAAGAACUUGAAGAAAUCCCUACCACCUUCGCUCAAGCAAUUGCAUGGUAGUGUGGACAAGAUGUUUGACGACUCCUACGAAUUUAUUGAGGAGCUUCUCGACAACGCUCGCCCAAAACUUGCUGCUGGUGUCAACACAUUCGUCAAAGAUACUAGUGCUCUCUUCCAAAAAUACCCGGCUCGUAUCACCAUUUCUCGCAUUGAUGCAGAUCUGGCUGGAUACGAUAUUCGGGACUAUUCACUGUCGGUGGAAGGAACGGACGCCAAGUCUACAGAGGCUACUACCGAGCAAGACAAGGGUCGCGAAGGAGCCAAUGCACGCAUGCCUCUAGACCGCCGUGGUGAUCUUCAAAAUUUGACUUUUGAAUAUGGUGCCCCAAUCAAGGUUAAGUGGACUGCGCCACUCAAUCACAGCAAGAAGGAUUGGAUUGGUCUGUAUCGCGUCACGGACAACACUUCCCGAGAGGUCACUCGUGUCUCUUCGCAAGGUCGUUGGAUCGCGACGAACGAGGGUUCCUAUGACAACUCGAACUGCGAAAAGGGAAUUAUUACCAGUGACGUGGUCAUCAAGUCUUCUGAGAAGGGUCCCGAUGGUCAUGAACUUGCGUCUGGAGAGAUCCUCUUUUCGGGCGAUAAGCUAUUCUGGACUCAAGGUGCUUUCGAAUUGCGCUACCACCACAACGGCGUCCACAAUGUCAUGUCUAUUUCCCGACCUUUUGAGAUUCGCAUCCGCCACUACGACGAGCUCGACACCUUUGAAGCGGGUGGGGUUGUUCAAAGCGCAGUUGAGAAGGCUCUCCUCCCUGUCGUUCGCAACUGCUUCGAUCGCGAUCCCGAAGUUGCACCCGAGACCGUUGAUGAGAAAUUCGGAGAUCUUGUCGAACGAGAUGGCAAAUUUGCCAAAAGAGUUGUAUUUGCCGUUCAGCAGAUGUUCGGUGUUGAGUUGGCACCAGAGGUUGUCAAGGCCGAUGGUAAUGUCUUGAAUCUCGCCUGGCGGAUAUACAACGCCAAAAAGGUUCUUGCUCCCUAUAGCAUGACCCGAUCCAAUGGUAGGUCGACACCUGUCGAUGUCAAGGACCAAGUUUCACCGGGGUCAUCUCCUUAG